UCUGAAAUACUGAACGUGAAGUUCAGAAAAUUAUUAUUUAACUAUUAAGCCAUUAAGUGUUAAUUCUUUAAAAAUGUCUGAAAACCAACCAAAAGAAGAGAACACACAAAAUGCAUUAUCUGAAUUAUUAGAUGAUGCUCUCAAAGAUUUUGAAAAACCAGAUGAAUCAAAUGCAUCAGUUGAUGCAUCACAAAUAUCUGAAGUUACUAAUUUUAGUGCAAGUGAUAACUUUUUAAAAGAGAGUCUUGAAGAAACAAUGAAAUCAUUUAUGAAUAGUGAUCAAGCAGAAUUAGCCGCUGGCCUACAAGAACUCAUUUUAGGAGAUGAAGGAUCUGAUUUACAAACAGUUAUCCAAGAAUCAUUAAAAAGCUUAUCAGAAGCGAAACAAAAUCUGCCUGAGGGAAGUGAUAUGACUUCAAUGUUUGCCAAUAUGGGUAUUCAAGACGAUAUAAAUUUAGAUGAAGAUAUGCUGCCAAUGUUAAUGCAAUUUAUGCAGCCACUGCUGAGCAAGGAUGUGCUUUAUCCAUCUAUUAAAGAUCUGUGUGAUAAAUAUCCAAAAUGGCUAGAGGACCAUGAACCAACAUCUGAUAAAGAAGAAUUUGAAAGGUAUACACAAAUGUUUAGUUGCAUAAAAGAAGUCCGAGAUCAUUUAGAAAAUCAACAAGAUUCCGAUGAUGAUGUCACUAAGACUAGGAAGUUUAAAGAACUCAUGGAGUUAUUAAAAAAAAUGCAAGAAUGUGGCCAACCGCCAGAGGAAUUAAUGAGAGAUGUAGCUGAUGGUAAUCCAAUACCGGACAAUGUUGGCCAAUGCUCUCUCAUGUAGCAAAUGUUUAUCUUGAAGUAUUAUUUUUAUUGAGUCUUGUUUAUUUAUUUAUUAUCAGUUUGAUAAAUGAAGACUGAAUAAAUAUAGGGUAUAGGUAAAAGGGUAGCAGAUUUCACCAAUGUGAAAGGUAAACUUCCAAAGAUAAAAUACAUCUUAAUGAAAUUUUCUAAAUUUUUUAACCUCAGAUUUUUAGAUGUUUUAUUAAUUAGUUAAUUUUUUAACUUAUUAAAUAUUAUUGAAUCAAUUUACAGAUCAAUUAUUUCAUGGUUGAUUCUUCAAACCAAUAUGAAGUAUACAAUUUUUUUUAUACUUUAUUACUUAUAUACAAAAUGUAUCGUAUUAUGUUGUAAUUUAUCAGAAUUGAAUCUGGCUUUUUGUAAUUAAAAUACAAUUAUUUAAAUAUAAUUUGGAAUUUUUGUUUUUUUUACUUAUAUUAUUAAUAUAUGUAUAAAAUAAUAUUUGCAAAUUUAUAAGUGGAACAUAACCUUAGUAUGUCAUAAAAUUUAAUUUAUGUUGCAUUUUAAGAUGAACACAAUGGCCAAUCAGUUUUAAGGAAAAAAUCUGCUACAUCUAACUAUAUCUCUUAAAAACUUUUUUAUUAUUGGAUUGGGAAAAUUGAUUAAAUUAAAUAACUAGUACUUGAGUGGGAUAAAUCAAAAUGUCUCAAUUAGUGGAUUCUAUGUCAUAAUUGUUAUGACAAAUAUAUUAGUUUUAAUUUUAUAAUAUAAUUAUCAUUGACAUUAUAUUAUGUAUGUUUAAAAUUAAUCUUCAGACAGGGUUUUUUUUUACUUUGUUAAAGCGUACACUUUAUUUAAUAUUAUAUUAUUAGAUUAACAAAUAUUGUAUACCUUGAUAUUUUCUAAAAUAUUAUAUGGAGCAUAGUGCUUACAUUAUUGUGUAGACAUAGUGAUUAUUUAUUAUAUGUAUAUUGUAUAUGUAUAAUAAAAUCAAAAUUAGUAACAAA